UAGAAUUAUAAGCUGAGCUAUUGAAACAUUCGAACAUGGUUUAGUUUUGUUCUUAUAGUGUUACAGUUGCUUGAUGUUAAAACGUUUAUAAAUACCACCAUUACGAUUCCUCUCAUUUGUCAUCUUUUUUCUAAUCAUUCCUCCGCUUUCAAUUUUAAAGCAGUGCCUCUUAAAGCUCAUUUUCCAAUCAUUGAGAGCAAAAAAAAACGAAAAAAAAAAUCUGAAUAAAAUUUGCUAUAAAUGCUUGCCGCUAUUUCAAAACCAUUAUAGAUUGAAUUUCUGUUCUAUUGUACAAUCACACGUUUCGCCAAUGCCUUUAUUAUUAAAUCAAAUUCCAAAUCCAAUGGAAUCGAAAUCAAAUAUCACAAACAAAUGCUCAAUUCUGCUUGAAAUUAAAUAAAAGGCAAACAAUACGCGAAAUUUAGACCAAAUUUCAGCCAAUUAGAAGCGCCCAUUUUCCUGUCUAUUAAGCCGACAGGCAGAACUAAGACUCAGUUCAGUUUUACGCUCUAUUUAUUCUAAAAUCUUUCCUUUUCAGAAGACUUGAGUAGGCUUCUUAAUUCAACCAAAUAGCAUAUCAUCAAAACUAAUACUGCAAUAGUAAAUAAUUUAGCCCUGAAAUUAUACCCAUUUUAAGAAAAAAUCGGCCGUUCGGAGUGAACAAAAUUACCCAAUCGAAAUUCGGUCAAACUAAACUUAGUUCUAGUUUGCACAUAAACAUAAAUCUCUCUUUCUUCUUUGGCCCUUAAGAGCAAACGGAGAAAUAAUAAUAUUAGGACAGUAAAUUUGAUUUUAACUCCAAACUUUCUUUCCUUUCUUUCUUUUCCCCAACCACAACAUAAAUCCAGAUAGAAUUAGAUUACACUCAUGUUCUACUUUACUCUUUUCCGGACGCAUUAAGACAGCGCCAGUGUUGAUUGUAUUUCUUUACCUCUUACCAAGCUACCAGAGCUCGCUGGCUACUUCUGGAAAAGAGCUCCGUAUAUAAUUUUGGGUUAAACUGUAAGAAGGAACAAGAAAACUACGUGUUGUUUGUUGAUCAACCAACUGCAACAGACAUUGUAAAAAUAUUUGAAUAGUUACUUUGACAACAACAUCCGAAAUUAUUUUGCUCACUUUCUCUUACAAAAUUAUUUCUUACCAUUUUAAAACAUCGGUGAAAUUAUUUCUGCCGUAGUUUGGGAGACGUCGCGGUUGUAUCAUUUCACCCUUUUAACUCUCCCAAAAAUUGUUCGACCUCUCUUUGAAAAAAGCCCAAGUUAGCUAACAAAAUCCAAUUAAUUUGAGUUUUUGAGCUGAUCGAAAUUUAGACAAUCGCAGAUUUUGUUGCAUUUUUUCUGAAAACGGAAAUUUCCUGUUUAAACGUACCGCAAGCUGUCAUUUUAUGAAUAGUUUAUGAACUUUUGACAACUUUUGCAACUCCGACCUCCCAUUUAUUUCUCUGCUUGUUCCGUUUUCCAAUUCCGGGGACACAAUUUAUUGAUGUUAAAUGAGCAGCAAAGCAGCUGAAAUUUCAUUUUAUGCUUUCUUUACUGUCUUCGAAGUUUGCUCCCAAAAACAAGCGCGCUGAUCGUCGCAAACUCAUCAAAAACAUACUGAAACUCAUUUUUGAAUAUGAAAAAACAAACGGCUCAUUCGACAACGAGAAUUUUCUACAACUUCUGAAAAGCCUUUCAGACGACAAUCUGCGAAUCCUAUUUUCGCUUCUGGCUCGAAACUCUGGAAAAACCUCUGAAAUUUUAUCAGAAAAGGUCGAAUUAAUCAAUAGAACUGCAACUCAAUAUACGUGCAUAACCAUAGAUCCCAAAAAAUACGCCAAAAACCAGCCAAAAUCUGGAAAAUUGGACGUUCUAAAUUGCCUCAAAAAGUCCAAGGAGUCUUCGAAAGCAACAAAAUCUGAUCAUCAAGAACUGUCAGGCAUCGAUAGUUGUGAAUUGCUGGAACGAAUCUUGAACUGGCUCGCUGUUAUUUUACACAACUUUAACCGUUCCGCAAUGACACCUGACACGAUAUUCAAACCGAAUCCACUUUGCGUUGCGCAGAACAGUCGACAUCCCGGUGGCACGCUGUGUUGCGGGGAGCAGGGCGGAGAAAGAGAGGCAGAACACGUGACUGUUGAGAGGAAGGGGAGUGGGGCGAGGGGGAGGGGGAGGGGAAGUGUUGGCGCUAAUGGGGGGAGCAAUAACCACAUAUCCAACAUAUGUUUCAAUCCACAUCAUUGGUCAAUAUUGCAUCACACAACAAUUCAUCACAACAGAACUCAUUCAACAUCUACUUCAGAACACACAAACACAUCCUGCAGUGAAAAAGACAAGUCAGAGUUGAGAGGGGGUUCAUCAUCCAUUGUUCUAGAAAGAGGACCAGGGGUGAGGGGAGGGCAGGAAUACGAUGGACCAGUGCCAUACCCAAACAUAGACCAUAGUAUGGCCACUAUGGACAACCACAACGAGUCAUCAAUCCCAUUUAAACGCUGGUGCUAUUACAAACACGACCCUUCUUCUUCUCAAAGUAACCGUGACUCACCCUGGGUUAAAAUUGCAUUCUGGGAAAAACGGAACCGAGUUGGCCCCCUACAAACCGUGCACAAAAACAACGUCAUCAUUGCUUGUUCACGCCAAUUCACACCUGAAGUCAGUGAGCCGACAAGUGAAACGUGCGAAAGAUUGAUAUUGGAUGAAAUAAAAACCCAAUCGGGUCCGAACCCCAACGAAUUUCGCCCAAUAACAUCCCGCCCAGAAACAAAACCGAUAAACUAUCAUCAAAUUAUAACCUCAGGUGUUGUUUUAUCACAUUGUAAUGAUGGUGAAAUUUGGUUGUUCAACCAAGAUGAAAGACCUGUUUUCGUCCAUUCGGCUACAAUGACUUUCGACCCAAGUUGCGCCGAGCGACAGUCGGUCAUAAUACGAUUAGAACCCGGCACAUGUGCGAGAAUAUUCAACCCAGAAACUUUCCCAUUUUAUCGAAAAGCGACCCAGAAUCAACCAAUUGACCCGUACUCGAUCAAAAUCAGCUUCGCGAAGGGUUUUGGACCCGGAUAUACCAGAACACAAAUUUCAUCAUGUCCGCUUUGGUGUGAAGUACUUCUGAACAUUGACAGAUCCGUCUAAUUGCGUAACAAAUGGUGCGAAUGAAUGAAUGUUGCGCAAUAUAAACUGUUUUUGAAAAUGGUCACGUAAUUCUAAAAAUUUGUUACGUCACAUCAAAAGGUUACGCAAAAAUGAUGACAUAAGACGUCGAAUUAGCCACUGCCUUGAACUGUUAAAACAUUAAUUUGUUAACAACUGUAAAUUAUCGCUCAUUGCUGAUUCCGAUACAUUCUAUAGAUUAUAUUUUUAAACUAUUCAGGUGCAAUACAAUUUCUCCAAUACGUA